AUGAACAGUUCCAUUAUUUGUCUUACUGCAGUUGUUAUUGUCCUUCUAUCACUAUCAUCGGCUAAAGCUGAGAUUCCGACAUGCCUUCAAGAAAUGAUUCAUCCCAUCCCAGAUGGACCUGUAUGGUAUCAAUUUACUCGAAUUGACAAGUAUUUGUAUCGCGGCAAAUUGACCUAUCUGGCGACUAGCAAUUGUUGUGAUCGAAUGAAUCCUCUUUACGACGAAGAAUGCACUUAUAUUUGUGCUCCUUCUGGUGGUUUUACAGGUCGUGGUGAUGGUGAAUGCACGGAUUUCAGUAAAACGGCAAAGCCAUUAGGUAUCGCCUGGGUGGCUCUACCCGGUAAAUAA